GGGAAAGAGGUGGGGUUAAAAACAACAUCUGCUUCAUUCAAGUGUUACUGCACGGUGCCGUGGUGGUCGUGGUCUACAUAUCGAAAUAUCUCAACAUAACUUUAUGCAACUGUUUUGGUUUUGCCAAUGUUUGCUUUCUUCUUGGAUAUAAAUGACUGAUUGCCAAAUGGUUUCCGCCGAUUUCACAGCAGAGGAGAAGAUGGAGAUUGAGAGCAUUAAGACGUAUAAGGAAGAUCUUCUGGAUGAUAUUCAGAAGUUAAAGAUGGAGAUAGACAACAUCAUGGCAGGUAUACUCAGCUUCGAGUCUGGAGAUGAAAACAAGACCAUGGAGAAGAGCAAACAGUUCUCAAAUGGAAAGAAAAAAUUCAACAUGGACCCCAAAAAGGGCAUCAAUUACCUGGUGGAGAACAAGCUGUUGGAACAUGGUGCUCAAUCCAUCGCCGAGUUCCUCUACAAGGAGGAGGGUCUCAACAAGACAGCCAUUGGAGAAUUCCUUGGAGAAAGGGAGGAGCUCCACCUCCAGACCCUCAAGGCCUUUGUCGAGCUGCACGAAUUCUCCGACCUCAAUCUGGUGCAGGCCCUCAGACAGUUCCUGUGGAGUUUCCGUCUGCCUGGUGAAGCCCAGAAGAUCGACCGCAUGAUGGAGGCCUUCGCUACGCGCUACUGCGACUGCAACAUUCAGGUCUUCCAGUCCACAGACACAUGCUACAUCCUGUCCUUUGCCAUCAUCAUGCUCAACACAAGCCUCCACAACCCCAACGUGAAGGAAAAGACCCCCCUGGAGCGCUUCAUCUCCAUGAACAGAGGCAUCAACAACGGGGGGGAUCUACCCAAUGACCUGCUCUCGAAACUGUACGAGAGCAUUCGCAACGAGCCUUUCAAAAUCCCAGAGGAUGAUGGGAAUGAUCUGACUCACACCUUCUUCAACCCGGACAGAGAAGGCUGGCUCCUUAAACUCGGAGGUCGGGUAAAGACGUGGAAGAGGCGAUGGUUCAUCCUGACCGACAACUGUUUCUACUACUUUGAGUUCACCACUGAUAAAGAGCCCAGAGGCAUCAUCCCUCUGGAGAACCUUUGCGUGAGAGAAGUGCCGUAUCCUCGCAAACCGUACUGUCUGGAGCUGUACAACCCCAACAGUCGAGGGCAGAAGAUCAAGGCGUGCAAAACAGAGACGGACGGCCGAGUGGUGGUGGGGAAGCACCAAUCGUACACCAUCUGUGCCGCCAGCGCAGAGGAGAGGGACUCCUGGAUCGAGGCCAUCAGGGCGAGCAUCACCAAGGAUCCGUUCUACGACUUGGUCUCAGUCCGUAAGAAGAAAGUGAUAAACCAGGCUGCUCAGGACUGAGUGCCCCCCCCCCCCCUGCAUGGACUUUAAUAUCCCCACCCCACACACGGUGGCCCCCAUCACCUUUAAGUUGGUGCAACACAACUGAGUGAGAACACUGGAGGCUAAAAGAGUGACUUCUCUUUCCACUUCCCGUUUUCACAGACUGAGCUGAAGCGUGUCAAAGGUGAAAACGUUGACUCAUAUCUGUUGAGAGUUCGUCAAUAUAUCUUCUGCUGUCUUUGCUCGAUAUCCAUCUCUUACGGUCUGAGUCUUUUUAGAAUCAGGCAGAGAAAUAAAGCAUGUGUGGAGCGGUGUCUGGAUGCUGUCAACAUGGAAGAUUAUUCAGAACAGUUCUCAUAAGACUUACUCGCGUCCAGUGGAUCAUUAUUUCUAGCGCUUAACCUAACGUUACUCUUCCGGUCAUCAUUGCUUAAGCUUCAUUUUGUAAAUACAGAUAAUUUUGUAAGCAUUUAAGAUCAUUAUUUUAACGUUGUUGUACUAUUUCAGGAUUCUUUUACUUAGAAUACUUGUUCUAAUCAGACCAAGCCUGUAAUAUUUGACUUACCUUUAUCGCACAGUGCAAUAAGUGCAAUAUACAUUAUGUCCUGAUUUUAUUUCAUUACAAAGCAUACACUGUAAUUAUAUGAAAUACAUCGUUUAGCUUUACCUUGUUUUGUGUUCUCAGUGUGAUUGCAUUUGUUGUUUUUUAUCAUGAUGUAUUUAAUAAAAAGUAUUCCAUU